ACAUCACCAAAGAUUCGAAAGAUUUACAAUUGACAAACUUUAUUUUGGGAAUUCAACCAAGUAAGCCGGGAGAAAAUGGAAUUUCAGGCAUCCCUCCAUCUCCGUCCAAUACUGGUGCAAUAGUGGGUGGUGUAAUAGGCUCCAUUAUUUUUGUUAGUGCAUUAGUAGCUGUUGGCAUCAUAUUGUAUCGAAUAAGGCACGAAGCAAAAAUGUCUAACCCACUUAUAAAUACAAAUAAUCAGGCUUGCUUGGAUACAAAUCCUCAGGUUUACUCUGAUAUAAAUCGUCAGAUUCGUCCGGAUACAAAUAAUCGGAUUUUCUCAGAUACAAAUCAUAAAGUCUUCUAA